GAUCUAACUAACUCGCUGGGAUAGAUAGAUAUAAAUGCCUUGGAAAUAAACCUCCAACCCUGUCCAGGUUACCAGGGGUUACGACCAGAAUAUGGGGUUAAACUGCAGUGGUUCACAGUCAGAUUGGAAAUGCGAUCUAUAUCUUGUUUAGAAUACACAUUAUCUCCUCCCUGGCAGGAUGGAUUUGAAGACAAGCAAUGCUAGCCAAUUGCUUGGGUUCGACGCACAGACAUAUGGCCAAGCGGCGAGUCUAUAUCCAAUAGCAGUGUGCAUGAUCCCUGUGCAUAUGUGUGCUUUUUAUGCAGGCUUGUUUCGUGUUCCACAGAAGCUCUCUGAUGCACUCCGGACGGGGCCUCUCGAACCAGUUCACUUGGAGUUGCAGCAGAUACGGUGGCCCCUUUUCAAAUCCCAAGUGCUCUGCAGUUCUAUUCUCAUGCCAGACUAUCACUGUCAGAUCGUCAGUCUAUCGCUGAAACGACCGAAUUUCCUCCGGCCCCAACGGUGCAAAAAUAGCUUCGACUGCAUCGAAAAAAAAUGAAGAAAGUCGAAGGUGAUUUGCACUCACGGUUGGACGCUAGCGAUGCUCCCUAUUCACACAUCUCCGAGGUAUACAUUUUCCCUAGGACGCCACUAGACCUAUCACAUUUCCGUUGGCCUGGAAUAUCUGCAACCAUCUCAUAGGCCAGAAAA